ACCCCAAUGAAGUAUGGUAUUUGCUGUUGAGCACUGGGAAAAUUUCGACAAUCUCAGGAAGUGAAGUAAAUUCGUUAAGCUCAGCAACAUUGAAAUUGCGCCGAAAAAAAAAGGAGAAAAGAGGAGCGAAAAAUCCAUUGGGAAAAAGAGCGUAAGCAGCAUUGUAAAAAUGUCAUCAAUUGUGCAGAAAAGUUUUUAUACACUAGAUAUUCCGGAAAGUUAAUAAAGAAAACGGGAAACAUUGUAAAGUAGAUCUGAGACGUGCAAGAUGGUGGAACGCAUCGAGGAUUUGAAUUUACCUAAUGCUGUUAUUGCUCGUCUUAUCAAAGAAGCUCUACCAGAUGGGGCGAACGUGUCAAAAGAAGCUAGAACCACAAUAGCUCGAGCAGCCUCAGUGUUUGUCAUAUUUUUGACGUCAACGUCAACCACGUUGGCGCGAAAACAGAAUCACAAGACCAUUAAUACCGUCAACAUAUUAGAUGCAUUAAAACAGCUCGAAUUUGAAAGUUUCGUUGAACCUCUGACACGAGAAUUGGAAGUAUAUCGUAAAGUGAUAAAAGAUAAAAAGGAGAAAUCGAAGAAAGAAAUAUCGACUAACGCAGACAACAACAACGCAACGAAGGAAACAAAUUAAAGCAUUAUCCAAUCCCCUUGUUAUU